GCACAUACAUGACUUCGGUAACGUCCAAGUUGAGACAUCACGUAUCGCAGUUUUUUUAGGCACUGUUGGCCAACGCAAAAAAAAAAAGAAAAAAAAAAGAAAUGACAGAAAGCUCCGCUAAUAAACUGCUAAACGGAGACGUCUGUCACCGGACAUCAAACGGCAAGAAAUCGGGUAAAAAUGGCUUCGUGAAGAACCACUGCCUGUUUCAACAGCCGCAGAAGUAUCGUCGCCCGAGGGAGAAGAACCAAAAUGCCGUGCGCGACUCCAGCCUGUACAAGAAGCCCUUUGUGGAAUCGUUUGAAGAGACUCCUCUUCUGGUGGCUGUGCUCACCUACAUGGGCUAUGGCAUCCUCACCAUCUUUGGCUACCUUCGAGACUUCCUUCGCCACUGGAACAUUGAAAAGUGCCACGUGGCCCAGGAGCGAGAGGAGCAGAAGGAUUUUGUUCCCCUGUACCAGGACUUUGAGAACUUUUACACCAGGAACCUGUAUAUGAGGAUCCGUGACAACUGGAACCGGCCCAUCUGUAGCGUCCCUGGGGCCAAGAUGGAUCUGGUAGAAAGAGUCUCUCAUGACUACAACUGGACCUUCCAACACAUAGGCAAGGUAGUGAAGGGUGUCAUAAACAUGGGUUCAUACAACUACCUGGGCUUUGCUGAGAACACGGGGAAGUGCGCAGAUGCUGCUAUUGAAGCCACACAAAAAUAUGGUGCUGGAGUGAGCAGCACCCGCUUUGAAAUAGGAAACCUGGACAUCCAUGAGGAGCUGGAGCAACUGGUUGCCAGGUUCCUGGGUGUUGAGUCAUCCAUGGCUUUUGGAAUGGGCUUUGCCACAAAUUCCAUGAACAUUCCUGCCCUCGCCGGAAAGGGCUGUCUUAUUCUGAGUGAUGAGCUGAACCAUGCGUCCCUUGUGCUGGGUGCUCGCCUGUCUGGGUCCACAAUUCGGGUCUUCAAACACAACAACAUGCAAAGUCUGGAAAAGCUGCUAAGAGAUGCCAUUGUCCACGGGCAACCCAGAACCCACCGUCCAUGGAAGAAAAUCCUCAUCCUGGUUGAGGGCAUAUACAGUAUGGAAGGAUCCAUUGUGCGACUGCCAGAGGUGAUUGCCCUUAAGAAACGUUACAAGGCCUACUUGUACCUGGACGAGGCUCACAGCAUUGGAGCUUUGGGGCCAAAUGGUAGAGGGGUGGUCGACUACUUCGGCCUGGAUCCCAAAGACGUGGACAUCAUGAUGGGAACUUUCACAAAAAGCUUUGGUGCUGCCGGAGGUUACAUUGGAGGCAAGAAGGAGCUGAUUGACUACCUGCAAAGCCACUCCCACAGUGCCCUGUAUGCCACCUCAAUGUCCCCACCUGUGGCCCAGCAGAUCAUCACCUCUAUGAAAAUCAUCAUGGGGGAGGAUGGCACCACACGGGGUGCUGACCGCCUCAGGCAGCUGUCGGAAAACACCACCUACUUCCGCCGGAAACUCCGUGACAUGGGCUUCAUUAUCUACGGCAAUGAUGACUCACCUGUUGUACCUAUGAUGCUCUACAUGCCCGCCAAAAUAGGGGCAUUUGGGCGGGAGAUGCUGAAGAGAAACAUCGGCACGGUGGUGGUCGGCUUCCCCGCCACGCCCAUCAUCGAAUCCAGGGCCCGUUUCUGCGUGUCAGCCGCCCACACCAGAGACAUGCUCAACACGGCAUUAGAGGCCAUCAGUGAAGUAGGUGACCUGCUGCAGCUCAAGUACUCCCGACGUGAACAGCCCCUACCCUCCCUGGGCUGGAUGUCUGAGGAGAGCCUGCUUCAGGACUGAGCCACCUCAACCUCCCCGUCCC